AUGUCUGAUAUCAAAAUGCAAGAUAUCGAGAAUAAAAAUGAAUGGAUUAAUUGGAUUGAAGAAGCCAUUCACAAAGAACAUAUAAAAUAUUAUGAAUACAAGGAAUUUAAUAACUUUCAAGAAAUUGGUACCGGAGGUUUUGAAUAUCAUGUUAGUAAUAAUUAUAUGUUAGUAAUGGAAUAUGCUAAUAAUGGCAGUCUUCGAAGUUAUUUGGAAAAAAACUUUGGUAAACUUACAUGGGAUGAUAAAUAUAUUAUGGCAUACCAGUUAGCUUGCGCUGUGUCAUGCUUACAUAAUAAAGGGAUUGUCCAUCGUGACCUGCAUUCUGGUAAUAUAUUAGUUCAUCAAAACACGAUCAAAUUGGCGGAUUUUGGAUUAUCAAAAAGAAUCGGAGCGUCAUCAAAUGUUCAAUCCAAAAUAUUUGGAAUGGUUCCUUAUGUUGAUCCAAAAAUUUUUAAUAGACGAAGAAAUAUUAAUAAUCAAACAUCUCAAAUUUACUCAUUAAAUGAAAAAAGCGAUGUUUACAGUGUUGGCGUAUUGUUAUGGGAAAUAUCCAAUGGCCAACCUCCCUUUUAUGUUGAAGGUGAACGAUAUGAUGUUGGUUUAGCUUUGGAGAUUUUACAAGGUCUUAGAGAAACAGUUGUUCCUGAUACACCCGAAAAUUAUGUAGAAAUUUAUACUAAGUGCUGGGAUGGUGAACCAGAUAAUCGUCCAAAUAUAUAUCAAGAUUUUAAACGUGAUGAUAAUGCUUUAAAAACGUAA